AUGAAUGAUUCGAUAUCCAAGAUUUCGUCAAUUUUGGAGUCGGUAAAGGACCUUUCAAUCGAGGCACUGUCGACUUUGGCGCCUUUAAUUGAUACCAAUGGUGUGGCCACUGAUCCACAAGAGAUUUCUAAGCUACUCAAUUCAAGAGCAACCAGAGAUGUAUCAAGUGGCAUGAAAUGCGUGAUUUCAAUUAUAUCUAAAGGAGGUGACGGCCUUCCAUUUUUUGCCGAUGUUGUCAAGAACAUCACCAGCGAUAAUGCGAAAGUGCGGCAGUUGGUGAUUAUCUACCUUACUAAGUACGCUGAUGCAGAGGCAGACACUGCUCUUUUAGCUAUCAACUCGAUACAAAAAUCCCUUGGAGAUAAAACACCAAUAAAUAGAGCAAACGCAAUACGGUCUUUAGCGGGAAUAAAGAUCACAUCGAUUGUGCCAAUAGUAACACUCAGUUUGAAGAGAUGUUCCUCAGAUCCAUCACCACUUACAAGAUCUGCUGCAGCGAUUUCGAUUGGAAAGAUAUACCUCGAAGCUGGGAAAUCGAGAAAGCAAAUUUAUGAGAUCUUGGGACAACUUUUGGCUGAUAACGAUGUGAUGGUUGUUGGUUCGGCUAUCAAAUCAUAUUAUCGAAUUAGAAAUCAUUUGGGGAAAAAAGCAAGUAAGAAAUGGCAAUUCAUACAUGGAAAUUUUAGAAGGUUUUGUUCUUUGAUAACAAGGUUUGAUGAAUGGGCACAAAUAUAUACUAUCGACAUCUUGACAGAAUAUUGUCGAACAUUCAUCUCUAAACCUAUAGAACACAAACGUGGAGACGGAAGCAAGGAUGAUGAUGUUGAUGAUGAGGAACAGGAAGGUUAUGAAGAAGAAGAAAGUAAAUCAAUGGAUCAAGACUUGCACAAAUUUUUAGUAUCAAUAAAACCAUUAGCGCAGUCUAUUUCUGAUGCAGUUGUGAUUAGUGUUGCUAAGGCCACCUAUCUACUUUCUCCAAAUUCUUUUCAAAAUUUUAGCCUUCAAAGCCAAUUGAUGAAGAUUGCAUUUUCAACAAAUACGGAAUCAGCCAUUGUAUCUCUUUGGAUGGUUGCAUACAUCUGCGAGAAAAAUCCUUUCAUGUUUGCAUCGCACUUUACUAGUUUUUUCCCCUUUCCCAACGAAAUGGAUGAGAUUGCCAAUGUUAAACUUGAUAUCUUGGCAUCAGUGAUCAACGACGUGAACGUAAAGUACAUUUUUGAAGAAUUGAAAUAUUGUGCUUGCAAUGCUGAACCAAAAAUUGCCAAGAAGGCAUUGCGAAAGCUUACAUCGUGUGCCAUUAGUUCAGAGUGGAAUGAUCAUAUCUUGAACUGGUGCCUUUACAAACUAGGUUCAUUUAGUGCAGAGUUGGCAGGAGAGGCCAUAACCGUGAUUCGUUAUAUUUUGCAACAGAAAUACGAUGUUACAACCACUACUCAGGAGAAACAAAUCACCAAUACGAUUACUAGACUUGCAAUUUUACUAGAAGAUGGCAAGAGGGAGAUUGAAGAUGAUGCGAAAGCUUCACUCAUUUGGACGAUUGGUGAGUAUAGUUUAGCAUCGGAAAACUCGGUGGGACCAGAUGUGUUGCGCAAACUGCUCAAGUCCUUUGCUAAACAAUCAGAGGUUGUAAGAUAUCAAUUAUUGGUAUUAGCGGCAAAGGUUUACGCAUUUGAAUUAAUACGUCAAGCGAAUGAAAUGGAAAGUACUGGAGAAGAUAGGACACUUGUUAAUGUCAAAUUGGAAGCAAGCAUUGAGUCACAGAUGUUUCAGCAUGCAUUACACUUGGCCAAAUACGACACGUCAUACGAUAUACGUGAUCGUGCUCGAAUGCUUGAUGUAUUGCUAAGUUCUGGAGUUGAUCGUGCCCAACUAGCCUCACUUCUUUUGCAAGUUCCCAAACCAAUACCUGAACUUGGUUCCAUCAACGAUGGGGAUAUAUCCCUGAUAAGGUCAUAUUUUGCAGUUCCCAAGUGGCUGGAAGAUUCCAGUACCUUACCACCACCUUCAAUAAGAAACGAAGUUGCAAUUAAUUAUAACAAAUUAUCAGCUCAACCAGUAUAUGCACAUGAAGGAACAACUAGAUCACCAUCACCCGUUGUUAUACCUUCAUCCGAUUUAGCAACUCGUCAAGGUAAUCAAAGUAAUGAAGUUGGACAGCAGAAGCUGAAAACGUAUAAGCUACAAAGUCUUGACGACUUUUUUGGUAGCGACGAGGAUGAAGAAGACGAGGAUGAGGAGGAAGAUGAUAGUGAAGAAGAUGACAGUGAAGAAGAUGAUAGUGAAGAAGAUGACAGUGAAGAAGAUGAUAGUGAAGAAGAUGACAGUGAAGAAGAUGAUAGUGAAGAAGAUGACAGUGAAGUAGAGGAAGAAGAGGAAGAAGAGGAAGAAGAGGAAGAGGAAGAGGAAGAUAGCGAAGAAGAUGAAACUGAGGGACGUGAAACUGGCGAGAGGAGUGAUUCACCUUCAUUUACUUCUGUAAAAGGAAGCGAUGCAGAACGCAAAUAA